AUGUUGCUGGAGCGGGUCCGCGCCGGCUCGGAGAAGGCAGCGGAGCUCUGCCCCUUCCCGCGGAGCCCAGAGAUCCCGCUGUGCGCCGGCUGCAACCAGCACAUCGUGGACAGGUUCAUCCUCAAGGUCCUGGACCGGCACUGGCACAGCAAGUGCCUGAAAUGCUCCGACUGCCAGACGCAGCUGGCCGAGAAGUGCUUCAGCCGCGGGGACGGCGUCUACUGCAAGGAGGACUUCUUCAAGCGCUUCGGGACGAAGUGUGCCGCCUGCCAGCAAGGCAUCCCCCCGACCCAGGUGGUGCGCCGGGCCCAGGACUUCGUUUACCACCUGCAUUGCUUCGCCUGCAUCGUCUGCAAACGGCAGCUGGCCACCGGCGACGAGUUCUACCUCAUGGAGGACAGCAGGCUGGUCUGCAAGGCAGACUACGAGACGGCCAAGCAGAGAGAGGCUGAGUCCACGGCCAAGAGGCCCCGCACCACCAUCACGGCCAAGCAGCUGGAGACCCUCAAAAACGCUUACAACAACUCGCCCAAGCCGGCGCGGCACGUCCGGGAGCAGCUCUCCUCGGAGACGGGGCUGGACAUGCGGGUGGUGCAGGUCUGGUUCCAGAACCGCCGGGCCAAGGAGAAAAGGCUGAAGAAGGACGCGGGGAGGCAGCGGUGGGGUCAGUACUUCAGGAACAUGAAGCGGUCCCGGGGGACCUCCAAGUCCGACAAGGACAGCAUCCAGGAGGAGGGGCCCGACAGCGACGCCGAGGUCUCCUUCACAGAUGAGCCCUCUAUGUCCGAAAUGAGCCAUUCCAAUGGGAUUUACAGCAAUCUCAAUGAAGCGUCCCCUGCUCUGGGGAGACAGGCUGGGACCAACGGGAGCUUUGCUCUGGACCACAGCGGCAUCCCAGCUCAGGACCAGUACCACGACCUGCGAUCCAACAGCCCCUACGGGAUACCCCAGUCACCAGCUUCCUUGCAAGCACUGCCCGGCCACCAGCCUUUAAUCUCCAGCUUGGUUUACCCAGACAACGGCUUGGGCAUCAUGGGACAAAGCGGACAAGGGGUGCCCCAGUCCAUGAGGGUCCUGGCCGGGAACGGACCCAGCUCCGACCUCUCCACCGGCAGCAGCGGGGGAUACCCGGAUUUCCCUGCCAGCCCGGCCUCUUGGCUGGAUGAAGUCGACCACGCUCAAUUUUGA